AUGUCUCAGAUUGAGCAAACAGCUAAGCUGCUUCAGCAGUUCAACUUACCUGCCCUGCAUUUGGCUAAAAUGAUGCGUUCUUCACUUAAUGCAACUACUAAUUUCUCACAACCUGACGUUCAAGCCAAGGAAAAGGUGGCUCCUUUGUUGUUCCAGGCAUUCUCAGCACUCCCUUACAUAUCACAGAUUGCAUAUGUGGGAUUAGACGGCCCUUUCUUCUCGUACUACUACGAGGGUAACCAAAGUUCUGCAAUGUACUAUGGGGGCAACACGGUUUAUAAGCAGCGGGUUGAUUCAAACACAGGAAAACUGUAUGGAAAUGCUAAGAAAUCCAGCUUCCCAAUUGUUGCCAUCAUGAGGUGGGCUCGAGAAGCUUUGAACAGUAGCAACCAGCAGCAUGCUUUAGUGGACAAAGGAUGGAACAGUGGUGCUGAAGAUGAUGACCUCAUGUUCAUCACCAUGGUUGGUGUGCAUCGUAAAGCGACAGUCUUGCUGGGGAUUUCAGCAGAAACUCUCAUGCAUUUCUUUGCUAGCAUUGACCUUCACGGUGGGAAGUUGCAAUUGGCCACUAGAGAUAGCAAUCAAGUGCUUUUAGAAGGGAUUCCAGAAUCUCAUAUUGCAGCCAGCAAUGGCAAUUCAAUAUCCAUUGCUGUUGCAGGCAAUAAUGUUACCUGCGUUCUGGGGGCUGGAACACUGACUGUACCAUCAGUUCUCAACAUUGGAAAACAAGAGUACCAAGUAUAUUGUUCCUCGAUUGAAGUUGUUGGAGUUGAAUCAGUCUAUGCAUUGGCUUUUCCAAAUGACGAGCCACAGGGAAGUGCUGCAGUUCGUAGGGGGAGAAGCUUUGCUUUCGGCCUGUUGAUCAUAAUGAUAGCUGCAGUUUUCAUCUCAAUCUUUGCCUUUCUUCUGCUCAUAGCAAGGGCUGAGAUAAGAGAGACACAACUGUGUAGAGGAUUGAUAAAGCAAAUGGAAGCCACUCAACAAGCUGAGAGAAAGUCUUUGAAGAAGAGUCUUGCCUUUGCCACUGCAAGUCACGAGAUUCGUAACUUGUUGACACCCAUUGUUGGUUUCAUACAGGACUGUAAUGAGGAUUUGCCUCCAAAUUUAGCUACAGAAACAAACCUGAAAGCCAUUCAUGAUUCCACAAAGGACCUAGUAGGCUUCUUAAAUGCCAUUCUGGACACAAGCAAGCUUGAAGAAGGCAAGAUGCAGCUGGAAGAAGAAGAAUUUGAGGUAGCAGAAGUUCUUGAGGAUGUGGUCAAUUUAUUUCAUCCUAUAGCCAUGGAAAAAGGCGUAGAUCUGGUGCUAGAUCUUUCAGAUGUCUCGAUUCUCAAGUUUGGUCAUGUAAGAGGUGACAGGGGAAAGCUGAAACAGGUGCUAUGGAACUUGGUGAGCAAUGCUGUGAAGUACACUGACGAAGGGCAAAUCGUGGUACAUGCCAAGGCCCAACAACCAAGUUUGGAGAGCCGGAUCAUAGCUUCUCAUCCAGACGGUUGCUCCAAAUGGGUGUCGAAAUUGCUCAAGUGGAACCUUGGAGAAGAAGGUACUAACAUGGAAGAUGAUGUGAGCACAGUGAAGCAGAUGAUUCCUAAUGGGAUGGAGUUUGUUUUUGAGGUUGAUGAUUCUGGUAAAGGAAUUCCUAAAGACAAGCAGAAAUCGAUAUUUGAAAAUUAUGUUCAAGUGAAAGAAACUUCUAAGGGGCAAGUUGGCACUGGCUUAGGACUUGGCAUCGUUCAAUCUUUGGUGCGACUAAUGGGUGGUGAAAUCGGAAUUGUCGAUAAGAAAGACGAAAAGGGAACUUGCUUCAGGUUCAAUACCAUCCUUACUGUGACUGAGAAUACUAAUUAUCAUAAUAAUAACACAAGAGACAUAGAGACAUCAGGUGAUGGGAGCACAGAAGAUGGUAACCUGAGAAACCACGACGAGUCCCAUGUAGUUCUCAUGAUUCAGAACGAAGCACGACGAGCAGCUGCACAGAAGUUGAUGGUGAAGUUGGGAAUAAAGGUAUCAGUUGUGGAGCAAUGGGAAAACCUCCAACCUUUGCUUAGAAAAAUAAAGUCCAAGCAGAGCUAUUCUCCUCACAGCUCUUCAGGAAAAUCAGAGUUGGGCUCAAGGAGUGUGAACUCCAGCAGUGGCAGAUCAAAGGAAUUUCCUUUGAGUGCCAUGAAAGACUUGGACGAGAGACUGACUUCUUCCAACAAGGGAAAAACCGUCAGCAGAAUCGGGUCAGGAGAAUUUGUUAUGCUUGUGAUUGAUGUUAGUGCUGGACCGUUCCAUGAACUUCAGCAGGUUGUAACAGAGUUUCGAAGAGGGAUUCACAGUUCUAGCUUCAAGGUUGUUUGGAUUGAUAAACCCAAUUCAAGAAGAGUUGACAAGGACUUGACAGAUCCGAGCGAUGAGAUAUUGCUGAAACCAUUUCAUGGUUCUUGUCUGAAUGAAGUGAUCAAAUAUCUGCCCAAGUUUGAAGGGACAACCAUGCUUUCCAAGAAUCCGGCAAAAGCAAGGCAACAACACCAACCAAGGGAUUCGUUUGAAGACUGGAGGAGUUCUGCUGCUGCUGCAAGGCAUCAGAUGAUCAUCACACCUCGGGUUGGUGCUGGACGCUCGGAGAUUGAGGAAGAACAUGAUGAUGUUCUGCCUUUGGAUGGACUGACAUUCUUGGUUGUAGAUGAUCAGGCGACUAUUCGGAUUAUAUCGGCGUCCAGUCUUUCAAAGCGAGGAGCUAAGUGUGAGCAGUGUGAAAAUGGGUUGCAAGCUGUGGAGCGUUUUAAAGCUGGCAUGGAACAGCAAGCUAGGAGCGGAGCUACUGCUCAUGUCCCUCCUUACGACUGUAUCAUCAUGGACUGCGAGAUGGAGAAGAUGGAUGGACGUGAAGCCACGAUAGCAAUAAGGGAGGAGGAGAGACAGUAUGGGAUUCACACACCUAUUAUAGGAGUAACAGGGCAUACAUCAAAGCAAGAACUACACAGAUUAAUUGAAGCUGGAAUGGAUUCUCACCUCACUAAACCCUUUAACUGUGAUGACAUUUUGGUAGCAAUGAGGAGGAUCCGAGGCAGUCCAUGGUAG